GGCUGCCUCCAGCUCAGCUUCUGCAGAGGAACCAUCUGAUGAAGAUCUGCUUGCUGCAGUGGCACAUGUAGAUGUUCUAGCCUUCAGUUGGACUGUUUUGGAAACAGUAAGGUAGGAGGUGUACUGCACCUUCCGGUCGCGCGGGCUAAAGUGGCUUUCUUUCUCCUUUUUCUGCUUUUAGUAAAGUUUUAUGACAUCUUUUUACACUUGCCUUUUUUUGCACAUUACAUAACCUGUUUUGUUAUUAUGUAUUAUCAGCCUUCAGAUGGAUGGUUUUGGAAACAGUAAGGUAGGAGGUGUCCUAGACCUUCUGGUCGUGCGGGCCAAAGUGGCUUUCUUUCUCCUUUUUCAGCUUUUAGUAAAAUUUUACUAUCCUUUUAACACUUUAUGGCUUCCUUCCAACACCGCUCGAUUUUUGCCCCCUGCUCACCUUUGAGCAAUUGUCUUUUUAUCAACGCACAUUUAUGUUUGUCAUCAUCUUUUUAGCAUUUCAUAGUUUUCAAUCUUUAAAUGGGUGGCUACAGCUGCAAUCACUAAUCUUAACAUACUACUAAUGUUAAAUAGUAGCACUAACAUCUAGCAGCAGUAGUAGUAAUUGUAUUAAUCUUGUAAUAGUAAAUAACACUGAUGGCGUCACUUCGAUGUAUCUCAUUUACUUUUUUUCUUUUAUGCCACGCAGCUGAUGUGACUCGACCAUCCAGUCAGCCAGAACCUCUGCGCUCUGCAACAAGAGCUGCUGUGCCAGAACAGCGUCCUCUGCCCACAGAAGAACUGUUGCUGCCUGAAGGAUGGAGACAGACCCUGCCCAAAGAGCAGCAUUUGUGGGUCAGCAAGGCUCUUUUCACCAGAGACAAGUCUGGGAGGCUGGCGCUGACCAAAAACCUGCGUCUCUGGUGGCAUCCUCCUGGGCCCCGUCCUCUGUAUACACAGCCUCCUUCAUCACCUGACAGCUUCUUUCAUGCCAGGCUUUUCCUGUGGAUCCCUUACCGCUUGUGGUCAUACCGGCUGCUGUGCUCACAGCCCAACUGUCGCCGUCUUGGCUUCCCACUGACAGCGUGUGGGAUGUACAAGACUGUCAGGAGGGUCUUGGAUGUCAGUGGCUGGUACUUCAUGGCUACAGAAUAUCUCGAAUGCCGGUCCUGCAAAAAAAAGCUGGCAGGCUGGUCUCAGGAUAUUCUGAACCAGCUCGAUCCUGUCCACAGGGAAAUGUUUCCUGCGGUGUUGACCUACAGGCUGUCGUGUGAUAAGGAGAUUGUGAGGUGGAUGCGGGGGCGCUCAUUGGGGAACAGUGCAACUUCUGUGCACCGGAGCCUAUGCGUCAGGCACAGAGAGCAUUGGAUUGCCCAGACAACCCAUUUCCUCUCUGUGAUUGGGAAAUUCCCAGACCAUGCCACAGACCCUAGCAGUCUCGCUAACCAGCUGCCUCAGAUGGUACCUGUGCCUUGUCCGGGAUGGCUGCUGUCAGUUUAUGCCAAAGACGUACUGACACGGCUGCCGGAACUAAAGGCCAGGGUGACUUCUAUCUAUGGAACCAUCCUAAAAAUGGAUUCCACUAAGAAGGUCACUAAGAAACUGGCUGGUGAGGCUGCUGGCACAGCGGCAUGGGUCACAGAUGUGGGAAAUGAGUUUGGGCAGGUCCUCAUGUGUGUCCUCACUGAGGCAGAGGGUGACGGUCUGCUUCCCAUGUGCUCUGGACUUGUGGAGCGGUACCGUAGAGCUGGAGAAGCUCCUCCCCAAGUCCUAUAUGUGGACCGUGACUGCUGCUCUGCCACUGGGAAAGGAAAGGCGGCAGCAAUGUUUGGUGAGUGGGACCAGCUGCUUGUCAGGCUGGACGUGUGGCACUUCAUGCGGAGGUUUGCAGUAGGAGUGACCACAGACAGCCACCCGCUUUAUGGCCCCUUCAUGAAACGCCUCACCGCAUGCAUCUUUGAAUGGGAUGCUUCGGAUGUGGAGAGGCUAAAGGAGGCCAAGCGGUUGACAGGCUGCCAGCCCACCCCUAAAGAACUGGCAAAGCAUUGCCGCCGCCGCACUCGAGGGGCCCAGGAGACUGAGCAGCUCACUGAGAAGCUGCUUACAGACUUUGGUGGGGCUACAGACACCAUGGGCAUCAAGCUCCUUGACCAGGAGAGGAUGCGGGAGAUCUGGCGAACCCAGCAACGCCACAUGCAGUGCAUCCAGGACCCGCCAGGUGUACAGCUGUACAGGAAGACGGGACAGGUGACCAAGGAUGGGGUCAUUCUACCCGUGUACCGCUGUGCACGUGGCUCGACAUCCCUGGAGUCGUUCCACCUGCACCUGAAUCGCUUCGUGCCAGGUACAAGUGCAAAUGCGUUGCAUUUCCAAAUGUACCUGUUGGAAGGACUGGUGCAGUGGAACGAGGCACGUGGGGUCGCUGCAGUUGAAGGUGCCAGCAGGGAGGAGAUCUGCUAUGGUGGCCAGCUGCUGCAGUACUGUAAUGCACUGAGCCAGCAGCUUCUGGGUCUGAAACUGGCUCAGGAUUACACUAGCCCCGGCGAAUACACAGGAGAGCUCCUUGGUGUGGAAUAUUUGUAUUCCCAAACCAGGAGAGCUUUUGAGGAGGACUUAGGUGUAGAUCCUGAUAUUCCAGAUGGGAUUCGGGAUGAAGACCUGCAGGGUGAUCUGGAGGGGGAUGAGGGGUUUGAGGAUCUAUGCCUUGAUGAGUCCACAGAAUUUUUGGAACUCGAGGGCAAUGACCUGCAGCCCCCUCAGGGACAGACAGUGGCCCUACAACCUCCUGAUCAGCCCUCAUCAUCAUCAUCAGCAGCUGAGUCUUCCUCUCCUGCCUCGGGCACUCAGAGCCAGAUGGAAAGUGUGGGACCAGAUGGCCAGGGUGGUUAUGACCACGUCAUCAGGCUGGCCGACAGUCUGGUUGACCUGCGCCUUCAGGGGUUUGUCACUCAGGGUAAGGUGGAUGAGAUUGUUGUGCUGUGGAACAACCUGUCAGAUCAUGACAAGGGCACUCUCAUCUAUCCCCCCCGCCACCGUGACAGAGUCCUGAAGGGUCGCUUCAAGGUCAGCCAUUCGAAGACCAAUGUGAUCCCUGGGACGGAGAGUCUGAAGAGAUGCUUCCUUGGUGAAGGUGGACCAGCUCAGUGGCCCAGCACAAGCCGUGUAGUGGAAGCCAUCUGCCUGGCUCUCUGCCGAAUCUAUCCUGCCGGUCAGACCAUCGCUGGAGUCCGGAUAAAUCGAUGGGCUGCCAUCCUAAGGGAUUACAGAAUGAUCCGUGACAUAGUCCUGGGCAGCCCCGGAAUCAUGGCUCAAACCAAAUUAAAACUGUUUGAGCUAAACCAGCUCACUAUCUCUCAGUGGCACAAUGCCCGAAUAAAGAAGCAAGAGAGGGAGGUAUUGCAGCAGGACAUUGAGCCUUUCACUGCUCCUUUGGUGGCCCCUGAACAGCUCCCACCGGUACUGCCAAAACUACCGGAAGCAAUCCAGCAUGGUCACUCAUCCUUUGAGUUUAAAAUACCACAGGAUGCUUCCGGACAGGCAGCACCGCGUUCUCGAGGCCAGCUUCCUCCAGGGGGUUUGACACCAGCACCUCAAGUCCCUCCUGCCACUUCUGCCCCUGUGUCUGUACCUGCUGCUGCUGCACAUACAUCUACCAGAGCUACCGCAGCACCUGCAAUGCUCAUACCUGUUGUGGGAGCAGAUGAGCAGAGGGUGCCCAGGACCACAGCAUGGCGGCGAAAGAAGCUGGUAGAGGCAGCCGCAGCAGCUGCAGCUCAAGGUUUGGCUGCUAGGAAGAGGAAGUUACCUCAGCAGUUCCUUUGCCAAAAGUGUUGGCAGCCCAAGACUAAAGAAUUUGGCCACAGCCAGUUCAGGGGUGUCCACUUUUGUGCAAAGGUUUCUGGGAAGACUGUGGCACAGUGGAUGGAGGAAGUCAAGAAAGGAGAGAAAAAAUAA